GCAACGAGACGGGAAGCCACACUGUAACAAACAAGAACAUUGCCGCAGAGAAUCCAAAGUUCCUGACAAAGUGAUACUCCAAUCCGAUCCAGAGACCAAAGCGAUCACCGAUUGGUGACUAGCACCGGUUUUAAAUGUGAAGGAUUCGCCAUAACCAACCAACCAACUAAUACAAGAACGGCAAAAUCCUCCAGAAGUUAUUGGAGUCGUUGUAUUCAUCCAAAGUCAUUCAUUCCCUUUGAUCUUUUUAUAUUUUUCUUCUCCAAGUAAAACCCACAAAAUUCAUGGAUCUUUCUUUACCAGUCAUUGCCUCCAUCUCUAUCUUCUUCUUCUUAACCAUAACCAUCCCGUUUUCACAGUCCGUACCCUUCAUAGUACUCCAUGGCAUUGGAGAUCAGUGCUCCAAUCAAGGAGUUAAACAGUUCACUGAGCUACUGAGCAACUUUUCUGGCACUGAAGGAUAUUGCAUAGAAGUUGGAGAUGGAACAUGGGAUUCUUGGUUUAUGCCUCUUGAGGAACAGGUGGAGGCUGUUUGUGACAAGGUGAAGGAAAUGAAAGAACUGAAAAAAGGUUACAACAUAGUUGGUCUCUCCCAGGGUAAUUUAAUAGGUCGAGGUGUUCUAGAAUUUUGCGAUGGAGGACCUCCUGUUAUGAAUUUUAUCUCUUUAGGUGGACCUCAUGCUGGUACUGCCUCUGUUCCUCUUUGUGGUUCUGGAGUUCUGUGCAUUAUUCUGGACAGACUGAUGAAGUUAGAGAUCUACAGCGAGUAUAUCCAAGAUCACUUGGCUCCCAGCGGCUAUCUUAAAUUACCAAAUGCUAUAUCCAACUAUUUAGAGAAAUGCAGAUUUCUUCCAAAGCUUAACAACGAACUCCCUAGUGAGAAAAACUCCAGUUACAAGGAACGGUUCACUAGCUUACAGAACUUGGUACUUAUCAUGUUUGAGCAUGACACAGUUUUGAUACCUAAGGAAACUGCUUGGUUCGGGUAUUACCCAGAUGGAGCCUUUAAGCCAGUUUUACCUCCACAGCAGACACAGCUUUAUGUUGAGGAUUGGAUUGGUUUGAAAACCCUAGAUGAAGCUGGAAGGGUAAAGUACGUUAGUGUUCCCGGAAAUCAUCUUGGAAUUUCUAAAAGCGAUAUUUUAAAGUAUGUUGUGCCUUAUUUGGAGGGCAAAUCAUCAAGAAAGAACAGUAAUGAAAAGGAUAGUGGCAAUAGAGUGCAGGGAGUUCAUGGUGGAGUAGUUCAAAGCAACAAGAGAGAGCAAAUGGUGCCUCAAUUUGAGGAGAAAGCACCAACUAAAGCAACAAUUGAGGGGUCAUCGCAUUAUUUCCGGCCGAGGAUCAAUUAAAACUUUCAUUGCCGAACUUCUCAGGCACAUGCAGAAGUGAUUGCCUCAUACAUGAUUGGAAAUUACUUUGUGAAUCGAAUUACAAAGUCAGUUGAAUUGUGUGGUGAGGAUCUUAAAUUGGUUCAGUUGUCCUUUUUUUCAUUCCUUCUAUGUAUAUUGGCCUCAAUGUCUCUUGAUGAAGCUUAUGAAAGCUCUUGGAUUACAAUCUGUACUGUAUAAUUGUGGAAACAUCUGUUCAAUAUGCAAGGACAAGUCUGGUUAUAUAC